AUGGCGGCUCCCUUCUGUCACUGUGGAGAGCCAACAGAUCUAAAGACGAGCUGGACUGAGGCGAAUCCAGGAAGAAGGUUUUAUGGAUGCAGCAGAUAUGGGGUAAGGUUCAUCCACCAUUGUUUCCUUUUUAGUGUUACAAUUCGACUAUUAUGCCGCCUUUUUCAUCCUUCUAUUUUUUCUGUCGAUGGUGUGUCGACAAAUGGAGCAUGUAACUACUUCAGAUGGCUUGACCCAGCCCUUGAUGAGCAUAUGAGAAAUGUGUUGCUAAAUUUUCAUCGUCGAAUUCGGGAGCUAGAGAAGAGGCAAAACAAGGAGGUGUCCAAGUUUGAUCGGAAAAUGGUGUCGUUCAUCAUUUUAGGAGCUAUUGUAUUUUUUCUGUUUUGGAUAGGAAAGUGA